GGCAGCACACAAGCUCUAACACGCCGAGCAAACUACUCUACAAGUUUGAAGUUUGAAGUUUGUUGCCAAAGAAUUUCAGAAACAUUUGUAAAAUCCUAACAGUCGCUGAACAACAGUGCAUCUAUCCGGCGACUGCGCACUUGGAUUUAUUUUUAAAAGGGCGAGUUUGGAAAAACAUUGAAGGUGUUUCCAGACGGAUUGACCUCUCCACGCCCUCACCGUCAACCCUCUGAACCUCUCUUUGACCCCACCUCCUCUUCUCUUGUCUGUGCGGCGCCCAGAGCUCCCCAAGCUACCUAGAGAGCGGGCACAGCGCCAUGGUAACUCACAGCAAGUUUGACUCCGCGAUGAGCAGCAGCCUCUUGGACUCCAGCAUGCGGCUGCCUCACCGUUACAAGACUUUCACCUCCAAGACGCAGUACCAGAUGGUCCUCGCCACGCUCCACAAGCUCCAGGAGAGUGGCUUCUACUGGGGCGCCAUCACCGGGAAGGAGGCCAACGCCAUGCUGGCGGCUGAAGCCACCGGCACGUUCCUCAUCAGGGACAGCUCGGACAACAGACACCUGUUCGCCCUCAGUGUCAAGACAGCAUCGGGGACCAAGAACCUGCGCAUCCAAUGUGACUCUUCUUCUUUUUACCUGCAGACAGACCCUAAGAACAUUCAGUCUGUGCCCCACUUUGACUGCAUCCUCAAGCUGGUGCAUUUCUACAUGCCUCAGAGCAAAGGAAACGCUCGCAGUGGGAAUAUCUACUAUAUUUACUCAGGAGGAGAGAAGAUCCCUCUGGAGCUUGUCAAACCUCUCUCCUGUAGUUUGUCCACGCUGCAGCAUCUGUGCAGAAAAACAGUCAAUGGACAUUUGGACAUUUCUUCUAAAAGAGACCAACUUCCACAUCCUCUAAAAGAGUUCCUCCAGGAGUAUGAUGCUCCUAUCUAGAGGUGUUGGAUUGGUGCUCUUGAAGGAGCAAAGACUUAAGAGUGAAAUGAAGAAAUGAGAAGGUUUCAGCACAGCUACAAUCACAAAGGAGUAACGGUGAAGCCGAGCAGAGCCCGAGAUCGAGCUAAAGGAGCAGUUUACUGUACUGACAAGAUGUGAGCAGUUCUCACAGAAAACUGGGCAUCAGUCUCUGGAUUAGGGACUAAUCCACCAAAAGGGCGAAGACCGAGAGAGUACUGCUGUAACCUGGUGGUAUGAAACCCCGCCGUCCUCCUCUGCCUCACCGAUGACAUACAACUUUCUGAAAACUGAAGUGAGGCUCACAGUCAGCUGUCUACAGUCUGAUGACGCACAGGUUCCCUCUGCUGCCGCCGCUGCUGCUAACCAAAUGUGCUGCAAGGCUGUUGAGCUCGCACACAUCAGAAAAUCAUCCAUCCAUUAAAGCCGGCUUUUACGGUCAGGCCGGCUUUUUUUGCUGACCUCAGAUGAUAAUCUUGGACAUAUCAGACACGUCCUGUCUGGCAUCCUGGGAUCUCUGACCACGCUGGAAACACACAGACAAUGGAAACUUAGAGUGGACACUGACGGCCUUCUGGGUCCAGUCGAAAAAGAGAAAACUAAACUUUUAAAGACCAGAAAAUGUGCAAAGAAUGUGUUUCUGAUAUUUUAUGUAGACGAAGGGUUUACGCCAAACUUGCCUAAAGAAGACAGCAGUUUGUUGGAACACGACUGAAUCCUAGAGGAUCUUACUUGAGAGAACAGCACCACUGCUUCAUAUGGCUUCAGUGGUGAGGAUACCAAAAGAUAUGGUAGUAUUUGUGGCACAGACAGGAUCACUAUUGCUUGCAAAUGAAUGUAUUAAGUAACUGUCUUUUCCCAUAAGGAGAAGAAUCCAAAUGUGUCUUAUUUUCAUGAGUUUACAUGAGUGAAGAUGUGUUUUUGUGCUGUCUUUUAUAAAGAUGUGUUUUUGCCAGCCAAACCACUGGCUGUGGAUGCUUGAAGAUGUUUGUUUAACAAAGCGAGCAGACUGAAACGACUUUGCACUUAUUUAUAUUUGUAUGAACAUUUCAUUAAUUUAUAAUAAAAAAGCCCUAUUUUUCUAUGAAAUGAGA